AUGACGAGCAAAACAAGUCCAUCCAACGAAACUCAAAACUAUAGCCAUGAUGUUGAAUUAAAAAUGCAAACUUUAAAAGAUGAAAAUACUCAAUUGAAAGAUGAAAUUAGUAUAUUGAAAAAAACAAUCAAAGAACUCGAAGAUUGGAAUGGAGAUUAUCAAGAUAAUAAUUCAUCGAAAAAUACUGAAUCUUCAAAUUUACAAUCAACUAUUGAUUUAGUAACAUCACGUAAUAGACAAUUAGAAAAUGAUAUACAACGUAUACAAUUACAACAAAAAAAUAAUCAAUUAGCAUUGGAACGUCUUGAUGAAUAUGAAGAAACGAUAUCUCAAUUACAAGAUGAACUCGAUCAAUUACGUUCAACGAAGAAAAAACAACCAAUAAUGGUGAAGAUAUGCAUCGUCUUCUUAUUGAAGAAAAAAAAACGUUAUGAUACAAUAUUUCAACGUCUUGAAGAAACUCGUCUAGAAUCAGAAGAAAAAAUUUUACAAAUUGAAACAAAUUUAAAAGAAAAUUUUGAACAAGAAAAAAAGAUUCUCCGAGAUGAAAUUCAAUCUCAAGAAAAACAGAUUGAAACUGAAAGAAAUGAACGAGAAAUUCUUCAAAAAUUCAAAGAUAAUCAUAUGAAAAAUGAAAUGGAGGAACAAGAAAAUCGUAUGAAAGAAAUAAAUCUUCGAGAAAUGUUUGAACGACAAUUAAUUGAACUCAAUGAAGAAGUUCAAACAUUAGAAAAUGAUAAAGUCGAUUUGAGUAAUGAAUUAAAUGAACUUCGGCAACAGUUACAAUCACGUGAUAGACAAAUCGAAACUUUUCAAACAACUGCUAUAACACCUGGUUCACCACCUAUGAUUCCUUCUUCAUCACAUAUUCGAGAUAUUUCUCCUUCUCGACAAACAUUUGAACAUGAAUCUUUAUUUAUUCAAAAUAAACAAGAAUUACUUCAGUUAAAUUCUAUCUAUGAUCAAUUCGUUACUCUUUUACCUGGUGAAUUUUCAUUGUCAGAUAAUACACAAUUAUCAUUAAUUAAUCGAUUUACAAAUUUAUUUGAACAGUUUUCAACAUAUUUCGGUACAUUUUCUAUUAUACAAGAAGAACUUGAUUCUUUAAAACAAAUUCUUAUUGAAAAACAAGAUGAACUUGAAAAACUUCGAACACAUUUAGAAUUAACAACAGAUAAAUUAACACAAUUACAUGAAGAACAAUCAUUAUUUAAUAAACAUAAAUCUUAUGAAAGUGAUGAAGAUGAAUUAGAAGAAAUUCUUGAAUUUAGUCAACGUGCACCAUCAAGACAAUCACUAGCAUCAAUUACACCAGGUGAAAAACAACAAUUAAUUGCACAAAAUGAACUUCUUUCAUCUUUACUAAAUGAAAAAGAACAAGAAUUAGUUUUCUUACAACAAGCAGAUAAAACACGUGAAGAUUUAAGAAAGAAUUUAGAAAUAUUACGUUCAAAUUUACAACAAAUGGAAGUUGAUAAAGAAAUUAAACAAAUUGAAUUAAAUGAUAUACGAAAUAUACUUGAUGAAAAAUUAAGAGAAAAUUCAUCUUUAAAAAAAGAAAAAAUGUAUUUUAUUGAAAAACUUGCUGAAUUUGAACGUGAUCGACAAGAACAACAAGCUAUGAUUCAAAUUUUACCUAAACAAACAUCACCAGAAAAAGAAAAAUCACCAGGAUUAUUAACAAAAGAUAUGUCACCAAGAGGACAAAAUAUGGAACAAAUAGUUAGUCAAGAACAAUAUGAAAAACUUCGUAUAGAUUAUGAUGAAUUACUUGAAUUAUCUAAACGUCAACAUGAGGAAUCAUUAUCAUAUUAUAAUGAAUAUACACGUAUUAUUAGUCUUUAUAAUGAACUUAAUACAAAACAUAGUCAACUUCAAAUUAAUUAUGAUUCUCUUCAAUCAUUAAUUCAACAAAAAAAUGAAGCAUAUUUACAAUGUCAAAAUGAAUUAAAUACUUAUCAAAAUUUAUUAUAUCAUCAAAAGAAAAAAUCUGAUGAUAUUGAUGUAUUAAAUUCAACAUUGAAUGAACGUGAUAUACAAUUACAACAAUUAAUUAUUAAUGAAAAACAAUUUAUUAAUAAACAAUUAGAAUUAGAAUCAAAGAUAAAAAUUUUAGAAGAAAAUGAUUUUAAAUUUAAAUCAAAUCAACAAUUAUUUGAACAAAUACAAAUUGAUUUAAAACGUAUUUCACAUGAACGAGAUUUAGCUGUUCUUUUAAAAUAUGAAGAAAGUGAACAAAAAUUAAUUAAAAAUAUAGAAUAUUUACAACAAGUAGAACAGACAUUAAGAAAUCAGCUUCAACAAUUAAAUGAUUCAAAUCGAUUACAAACUGAACUUAAUGUUGAUGGUGAACAAUCUCAACAAAUAUUAGUUACAGAAUUAGAAUUAUUAAAAGAAGAAUAUAAUAAACUCAAAGAAUUUAAUAGUAAUUUAAAUACUCAAUUACAAGAACAGAUAAAAUAUUCACAAAAUUUAGAAAAUACUCAAAAACAAUUUCAACAAGAAUAUGAACAAUAUAUCAAUGAACAUCAACGUCAAUAUCAAGAACAAAUAUCCGUAUCAGCUCGUUUAACAAAUGAAAAUAAUGAAAUUCGUCAACGUUUAGAAGAAUAUAAUCAAGCUCAAUCAUCUAUAUAUCAGUUAAAUGAUGAAAUGAAAACAAAAGAUUUAUUAAUAAAUAAACUUCAAGAUGAAAUUGAUUCUAAAACUAAACAAAGUAUUGAUUAUAAUGAAAAUGUUCAAACAACAAAUAAUACACGUAUUGAAAAACAAAUUGUAAAAAAUAUUCUUUUAUCAUAUUUUCAUACACCAUUUGAUAAACAACAAGAAGUUAUUCCAAUUUUAAGUGCAUUAGUUGGAUUUACACAAGAUGAAUAUGACAAAGCUAUGAAUGCUAUGACAAAUAAUUAUAAUAAUAUUAAUACAAGUACUAGUUGGUUAACUGGUUGGCUUGGUACAAAUCCAUCCAAAUCAAAAUCAGAUAUUCGAGUUUAUCAUCCCGAUAAAUCAUUUGCUGAAUUAUUAAUUCAAUAUGUUGAUCAGGAAUCAACUGAUAAUCUUCAACAACCUAUAAUAAAAUCUAAUACUAAUGAAUAUAAUUCAACUGAUCAACAAUUAAAUACAGUCACUUCAAUAUCAUCAAAUAAUGAACGAGAUACAAAUCUUAUGAAUCAAUCGGCGCUUCCAACAUCAACUAUAUCUACUGAUAAAAUUUCACAAAUUUAA